AUGAAGCAACUAAAUCAAAAAGGUCUGUUACCAAAGAAGUUCUCACUCAAAAACGGUCACCCUAUCAUCGAUGAGAAAGGCAUCCUCCGUCUUGGUGGACGGCAUCACCAUUCGAACGAAAGCUACCAGACCAAACACCCAAUAGUUCUCCCGAACAAGUACCCGUUCACUCGCCUCGUUGCCGCUCAUUUUCACUUCUUCUGUUUUCAUGCUGGUCGUCGCAUGACUUUGGCGACUCUCCUUCAUUUUUGCGGGCCUGUAUACUUGAAACCAGUUCACCGCAAAGCACCCCUACAGAAAAUAUUCAUCGCGGUCUACAUCUGUUUUGCCACCAAGGCAGUUCACCUAGAACUGGUGUGCGAUCUAUCGAACGAUGCCUUCAUCGCCUCCCUUCGACGAUUCAUCGCUCGACGUGGAAUUCCGGAAGAGAUCCAGUCCGACAACGGCACAAACUUCCAGUGCGCGAAGACGAAGCUCAAUGAAAUGUACCGCAUCUUUAACAGCAAACACGGCCAACAAGCAGUUCUCAACGAAUGUAGCAGCAAAGUUAUCACCUGGUGA